UCCCAAGCCACCAAACGCCAUCAAGCCGCGAAAGAAAGAGGGACGCGGAUCCGUUAGAGAGAAAAAGUGACGAAUUUUGUGUUUUUUUGUUUUGUUCAAAAAAUCCGGAUUUGCCGUGUGUUCCCCCCCGUGCCACCAUGGAGUGGCAGUUUGUGAUCCCGCGGGUCAACAGCGAGCUGCUCAGCUCCGACAAAAACAACUAUUGCGUGGGGCGCGUACUGGACUCGGGCGAGAUUCCGGAUGCGCUGAAAGCGGCCCGGUCCGCCCUCAACGAUCCGUUCGGCAUCUUUGACCACUUCGACACGUUCUACUCGACGAUCGACAAUGCGGGCCAACUGUCGGGGACGACGCUGCUGCGCGCGUACGAUCUGCUGUUCAUCGCGAUUGACCGGUUCGGGACGAAGGUUUCGGACGAGCUCGUGCAGUCGGAACUGCCGCAGGCGGACCGGGUGCCGGCGUUGAAUGCGGUCAAGAUGCUGAUGUAUCUGCUGGGGGGUCUCGUGAAGGCCAUCGAUGCGCACGUCAACGCGGCCAAGGACAGCGUCGGGGGGUUGAUGAAGAAGGGUGGCGGAGGCCGGAAGAAGGACAACGAGCAGGUUGAGGUGCUGGACUGGGACAACAAGCGGAACCGGUGCGUGGUGCAGCUGUACAAUUUGUUUCAGCUGCCGCUGGAGAAGCUCUGGGAUCCGCCGGUUUGCGAGGAGUCGUUCGUUGACGUUAUCUGCGACAUUUGCUACCGCACGCUGGAACAGUCGUACGUCAAGAACCGCAGUCUGGUGGACAGCGUGUUUCAGAUUCUGGGUACGGCCAUCAAGCGCUACAACCACGCACUGUCCUUUCCGGUGCGAAUCCUGCAGAUUCUGGAGCACUGCGAAGCGUCGAUUGCGCCGAUCGCCAGCGGUGUGAUGCUGCUGUACGAGGAGUUUGGCAUCGCUUCGAUCUACCCGGUGUUGAUCAAGGAGCUGAUCGAGCGGCUCAGCGUGGACGCGGCCGACAGCCAAACGGCCAAGCACAUGAGCCAGUUUCUGCUGGAGCUGGGAAUGCUCGCUCCGAAGCUCAUCAUUCCACAUCUGUCCACGCUGAGCGACGAACUGCUCAAUCUGGAAUCGUACGUGGUGCGCAACUGCGUCCUGCAGAUCAUGGGUGAAGCCAUCGUGACCGAACUGACCUCGGAGGAACUGGCCGAUGAGCUGAAGGAAACGCGCGAUGACUUUCUGCACGAUUUGUUCAACCACACGAUGGACGUGUCGGCCCAUGUCCGCUCGAAGGUGCUUCAGAUUUGGCACCACAUCCAGGGCCAGAACGCGGUUCCACUCAGCUGGCAGCACCAGGUGCUGGAACGUGCCGUCGAACGGCUCGAGGACAAAUCACUGCUGGUGCGCAAGAACUCGAUCGCGCUGAUCAAGGCCUUCCUCGAGCACAAUCCGUUCUCCGCUAAGCUCUCGCUGGCGGAACUUCGCAAGCAGUACGAGACGGAAGACGGCCAGCUGCAGGAGAUUCGCAACAAGAUGGUCGAGCAGGACGCGGCGCUCAAGAAAACCGAAGAAGACUGGGAAGAUUUAACGGUGCAAAUGUACCCGGUGCUGUCGGAAGUGCUAGCGGCCGAGUCGAGCUCACCGUCGGGUGCCGAGGGUGGAACCGAUGAGGACAUCGAAAAGAUGGUCAACGAGAUCGGAUCGAUCAUCGAAGCUCAGCGCUACAAAGAGCUCGUUCAGCUGGCUCUGCGCGUGGACUAUGCCGUGGGGAAUAAGGAAACCAGCAAACUGCUGACCGUGGAACAGCAGUGCGUGUACUACAUGAUGUUCCUGAAAGCGUACUACGUCAAGAACCGGCACGGCCCGAACCUGAACGAGGAGUUCCAGAAGAAGGAGAACGAGGUCAACUUCCUGAAGGAUUCGAUCCGUUUCGCGGAAAUCGUUUCGGACGCGGUGCCCAAGCUGCAGGACAUGCUGAUGUCCAAAUCCCAAACGGAUGUGUACGAAGCGAUUGACUUCUUCACGUCGGCCUACCUGUUUGGGAUCAAGGGAACCGAGAGCGGAAUGCAGCAGAUGUUGUACUUGGUGUGGUCCACAGACGCCGAGAAGCGAAGCAGCGUUGCGACGGCCUACAAACGUGUCCUGCUGGAGGUCGAUCUGGAGGGACGUGCCAAGAACGUGAAAGUGGUUCAAAACCUGUGCCAGUUUAUGAUCAACCUGAGCGCCGGGCACUACACGGCUUUGGAAGUGCUGAUCAAGGAGUGGGUCGAGAACGGCGAUCUGGACGCGCAAAUGAUUCAGGUCAUGUUUGAAAUCAUCACGAAAAAGUUGGAAAACGUGACCGAGUCCCAGUCCCGGCAGGCCCUUCAACUGUUGAUCAUGGUAUCCGCUGGCAAGCCAUCCGUCGUCACGGCCAACAUGGCCCUGCUGGAAAGCAUCGGGUUUGGCCCGCGAGGCCGCAAAGAUCCGCGUAUUUUCACCGCCGUGCUUCAACUCCUGAUGAACUCCAUCGGGAAGCAGAAAGAAGGCGUCAAAUACUACAAGCGUUACGAUAUCAGUUCGCCUACCGUCGAGCAGGUGAUUGAGAUAUUCGUGAAGCUAUUCUUCAACAGCAAGGUGCCGAACUUUGACAACAUCGGCAACAAGACGUUCGACUUUAUCUACAAAAUGGUCAACACGCCGGAUCUGGUGAGCCAAUCGGUGCUGGUCACAGUCUACGAAAAGCUGCACAAUCUGGCCGCUGCGAUGGCCGACCGAGCCGGGGACAAUACGCGACUUUCGCAGGAAUCUCAAAUCGUCGGUGGCACUCAGGAAGUGGAGCACACCCGUGCGUCGCAAGCCACUCAAAGUGCCCGACCGACGGUGACCACCCUUCCGACAUUCCUCAUUUCGCGGUUCAUCUUGAUCGUCGGGUACGUGGCCAUGCGGGAGAUGAUCUACCUCGACAUUGAUGUGUACGGAAAUCUCAAGUACCGCCAGGAGUUGAAGGAUGAGCUGAAGAACCAGAAGAAGAAAUCGGCCGCCGACAGCAACGCCCAGAAGCGUAAAUCCAUGCUGAUGAACGUGUCGGCUAGCAGUGCCCUCAAGCGCCACUCGGGACCGGGCAAGGAUGCACAGGAACAACCCGAAGAGGAGGAGCUGCUGAGUGGUGCGACGGCCGAGGACACCGUCGCCGAGGAAAUCACCUACAUCUGCGAAACGGAAAUGCUCUACUCGAAGGACAGUCUGAUGCGGCAGUUUAUUCCGACCAUCGUGGAAAUCUGCAAACACCCGAACCGCCACAAGGACGACCUGCUGCAGCGAUCGUCCGUCCUAACGCUGAUCCGCCUCAUGUCCGUUUCGUCCAACUUUUGCGAAAGCAACAUGGAGUUCCUGAUGAACAUUCUGAAGCACACGAAAAACAACCAAAUCAAGUGCAACAUCAUCAUCGGCCUGUCCGACUUGACCUUCCGCUUCCCGAACGUGAUCGAGCCGUGGACCAGCCUGAUGUACGCGACACUGCACGAGAAAAACGUCGAGCUACGUCUCACCGCCGUCAAGAUGCUGUCCAAUCUGAUCCUGCACGAAAUGAUCCGCGUGAAGGGACAAAUCAGCGACCUCGCGAUGUGCAUCGUCGACCCGGUGCCGGAGAUCCGCACCAUCACCGAGCAGUUCUUCAAGGAAAUCGCCCACAAGUCCAACAUCCUGUACAACGUGCUGCCCGACAUCAUCUCGCGGCUCAGCGAUCCGGCGCUCGAGCUGGAGGAGCAAAAGUACCACAUCAUCAUGCAGCACAUCAUCGGCCUCAUCAACAAGGACAAACAGAUCGAGAGUCUGGUGGAGAAGCUGUGCCUACGGUUCCGCGUGACCGUCGAGCAGCGCCAGUGGCGCGACAUUGCCUUCUGUCUGUCGCUGCUGUCCUACAACGAAAAGACCAUCAAAAAGCUGGGGGAGAACAUGGGCUGCUUCAAGGACAAGGUUCAGUACGACGAGAUUUACGCCUCGUUCAAGACCAUCAUCAGCAACACGAGCAAGCUGGCGAAGCCGGAACUGAAGGUGAGUGCGGUGAAGCGCUCAAUCUGCUUACAAAUUCUCUGCAUUUUGAAAACAUUUUAAAACAUUGAAUUGUUUCAAUAGUAAAACUGAAACCUCUGUUGACGCGGGGACGGUACGCUUUUUAUUUCGUUGAUUUCUCUGAAACCAAAAGAAAACAUGUUUGCAAGUUUUAAAAAGCAAUUUGUAGAUCUCCACAAGACCUGCAAAUCGAUCUUAAAACAAAGCAAAAAUGUUGUGUCGUUCGAGAGACAUCGACGAAAUUUCAAACGUAACGUCGCCACGUAAAAAGAGCAAGUUACAGUGCGUUACCUCGCUGGCUAGCAUCGUGAGACGAAAGCCGUAGCGCUUGAGUUGCCUUUGGCGCCCUUCAUGGCUAAGGGUAGCGUGGCCGAGCGGUCUAAGGCGCUGGUUUAAGGCACCAGUCUCAUUGAGGCGUGGGUUCGAAUCCCA